AUCGUGCUGCUGUCAUUUCCACUUGCCUCCUCAAUCAAGGCAACCGCCUCGACCACUCAAAUGCUGCCGACAACCGCCACGGCCGCCGCGCCGCCGCCGCCCACGGCCGGCCCCGCCUCCUCCCCGAGCGAGCCGCACGCCGCGCUCCUCCUGGCUCUGACCUACAUGCGGCUGCGCGAGCUGCUGUCCUGCGCUCGCACGUGCCGCGGCCUCCGCGAGGCCGUCGCGGGGGACCCGCUCCUGUGGCUGCGCCUCGUCGUGGAGCCGCCGCUCAGCCACCGGAUCACGGACGAGGCGCUCCUCGCGUUGACGGACAGGGCGCAGGGGAGGCUCCGGUCACUCCACCUCCUCGGGUGCCCCCGCGUAUCCGACGCCGGCCUGCUGCGCAUCGUCGAGCGCAACCACGACGUCACCGAGCUUUUUGUGCCCAGAUGCACAGGAUUAACAGCUGAUGGUCUGGUGAAAAUCAUUCAUUUUCUGCAUGGGCAGCACAAAGGCAAUCUAAGUCGUGUUCGACUGCAUGGUAUCUGCAAGGUGAAUAACCACCAUCUCGAUAUUAUCAAGUCUCUCAUGUGCAGAGGUAGCCAACAACAAGAUGCUCAAGCACUUCACUACAACCAUAGAGUCCAUGAAGUGCUGAACACGGACGACGGUCGCCCUAUUGAUGUAGAUUUGUGCCCUUUGUGCAGAAAUGUGAGACUCGUGUUUGAUUGUACAAGGAAGAACUGCAGGGAAGUGAAGGAUGGCCGGUCUCGAUGCCGCGGUUGCUUCUUUUGUGUUGCUAGAUGUGAAACUUGUGGUGGCUGCAUCGACCUGGAGGAGCUCGGUGAGUCUGGACUAGCCUGCUCUGACUUUCUGUGCAUGGAUUGCUGGCUCAAGCUUCCAAAAUGCUGCACAUGCAACCGUCCCUACUGCGAGAGGCAUUCAAAUUUGAAAGAGAAUCUAUCAGCGUCUGGGCAGUUCACAUGUCAGGAGUGUGCAGCGUUUGCUACCUCACUCAGAAGUCGGGGAGAAGGUUACUAGAAGAGAUGUUGGCUGCUCUGUCUCGGUAACCAAAUAAUUGGGACUUUUAACACGUGACUCGUUCCCCUGUAACAAACAGCCUUUCUUAUUGAUUCAAUCAUCUCGUGUGGACGGAGCUUAUAAGACCUGAUGGAGUAACUAGAAGCUUAAUUGUCUUACUGCUUUCGUCAAACAAAGUGGGUGCAGACCUCAAGGUCUUGCGCAUCCAACUUGUCUGAAUGAAGGGACUGCCAUGUCAAGGGGGGACAAUGUGAGCAACAUUGACAGUUGAAGGGCUGCCAUAAUUCAACAUUGACAAUGUGAGCAACGUUGUUUAAGAGUCGUGUGUGCCCAUUGCAACAUGGCAAUAACUUUGUACCUCAGGGCUGUCAGUGCAAAUGUUUCUCAACGUUUGUCUUGGUUCUGUAUAAUUUACAACGUACUGCCAUGUAUACACACCAUGUGAGCGAAGCAACAUCUGAUCUGAAGUGAGGAAGAAAGAAUACAAAAGUUAUAUUGUCAA